UGCUGUUCUAGACUGACCUGCUCUCUCAUUCAACACAGCUGACAUCUGUAUCCAGAAUGGCCGCAAAGAAAGUGUUUAUCGUGUAUGCCCACCAGAGCACUGGCUCAUUCAACGCUGCAGCCAAAGAUGCUGCUGUGGAAGUUUUAGCAGGUCAGGGCUGCACAGUGGAAGGAUCGGACCUGUACGCCAUGAAGUUUAAAGCCACUGCUACUGCCGAGGACAUCACCGAAGUCAAGAAUUCCGAUCACUUCCGUUAUGCAGAGGAGACCAAACUGGCAUGGGAGGAAGGAAAACUGUGUGCGGACAUCACUGAGGAACAACGCAAACUCACUGAGGCGGACCUCAUCAUCUUUCAGUUCCCCAUGUACUGGUUCACUGUUCCUGCCAUCAUGAAGGGCUGGAUCGACCGGGUGCUCACACUGGGCUAUGCCUACUCAAGAAAGGGAUACAGCCAGGGAAUCUUCAAGGACAAGAAAGCAAUGCUGUCCUUCACCACUGGGUCUCAUGAGUCCAUGUUUAGUGCAGAUGGUAUUAAUGGCGACAUGACUGUCGCACUGUGGCCACUACAGAAUGGCAUCCUGCACUACUGUGGCUUCCAGGUUCUGGCCCCUCAGAUCUUCUGGGCACCGUCUCACGUUUCCUCUGAGGAGCGCAGCACCAUGCUGGAGGGCUGGCGUACCUGACUGCAAGGUGUCCUGGGUGAAAAACCACUUUACUUCACUCCCAUGGACUGCUUUGAUGGGGAGAAGGGUUCCCAGCUGAAGCCUGAGGUCCAUGAGAAAAAUGCCACCGAGGAGUAUGGACUGACGGUUGGGACCCACCUGGGAAAGGCACUACCACCCAACAACCAGAUGAAAGCUGGGGUCUGAAGACAUUGGGGCUUCUGUAUUUCCUUGCGUGACAGAAAAAUAAAGGCUGACUUGAAUUAUAUUGAUGUCUAUUACAUGAGUUUUUGAUGCAUAUACAAUG